GUUCAUGGAUCCAAGGCCUUCUCUCAAGGCUUCCAGGAGAUGAGAGCAGGUGGUCUGCGGUCGAUGUGGCAAGGCAACGCCGUCAACAUGCUGAAAGGAACACCACAGUCAACUCUGCAGUGUCUCAUCUACGCCCAGAUGAAGGCGUCCACCCAAAAGGAGACUCUGACGGUGCAGCAGCGUUUCGGCUUGGGCUGUGUGUCCGGUGCUGUCGCUCAUGCCGCCUUCUACCCUUUAGAGGUGCUGAAGGUGAGGUUGAACCUGCAGCAAGCUGGUAACUACCACGGUGUUGUGGCAUGCGCCCGAUCUAUUUACAGACACGAGUCUCUGUCGUCCUUUUACAGAGGAUUCAAGCCGAGCAUCCUCUGCAUGAUCCCGUACGCAGGUGUGGAGUGUGCAGUUCAUCAGUCAAUCAUGACCUGGGCAAAGAGUGAUCCAGCCUACAACAGUGAAAACAAACUGUUUUUCUUCAGUUUUGUGGCCUUUGCGUCCGGACAGGUGACCAGUUACCCGCUGGCAGUGAUCCGCACUCAGCAGCAAGCACAAGCUUUCAGCUCAGAUUCACGUCCGGCUUCAGGUGUACUACAAGGACUCAGAGGGAUAUAUGAAACAUGUGGAAUAAGAGGAUUUUAUAAUGGAAUGGGAGCCAGCUUCGUCAGGGCUAUUCCGUGUGCUCUGAUAAACUACACUUUGACUAGAAAGUUUGAAAAUCUGGUUUCCUGAGUCUUGAGUUUUAGCUGAGAGGAGGUUGUUUUCUUUGGAACUCUGCAAAAACAGAAACUGUGAACCUGCAAAAACUGAGAAAAUAUUUGACGACAUAUAUUA